AUGGGCUUUGUAGAAAAAGUACGAUUAUUGGAUUAUUGGAAAGUCCAGGAUUCUGCAUUGCAAUCAGAAUUCCCGAGGUCUCGAUUGGUUCUCAUGGUGGAUCGGCGUCUUCUCGUUACCAAAGAUGCUCCAGAAGUUAGGAUGGUGGAGCACUCGUAUGGCGAUUUGAAACAACUUCUUGGAGAAUACGGAUUACAGUUUGAUUUAAGCAAUUCGUGUCUAUUGGAUGCACUCGAAGCAGAAACCGACAUGAUUCCUCUCUUCGGGACUUCCAUCGAGGCAGCAGAUCCUCCAGAAGACUCUCCAAUUUCGAAAAAAGAGGUCUUGCGACAACUAGGUAACAGUUUGGGUGGAAGUUUCACUGAUAUCAGAAUGGCGAUGUUGACAAUGAAAGAAGAGAGACAACGGAAUCUUCUAGCCAAAUUCCAAUCCCUUACCAAGUGGGCAGCCACGUAUCGAAGAUGCCCGAAGUGUGCAGCUGCUCUGAAAAUGAGAACAAGCAAGAGCGGAGCUGAAUGCGUGACGUGUCAGAGAGUGUACUACCCUACCUUCUCACCCGUUUCCAUUACCCUUAUAACUGACCCAACCAACGAACAUGCACUUCUGGUCCGACAUCGUGGAUCAGCUGGAGGAGUAUUCACUGCAGUUGCUGGAUUUGCUCAUACUGGAGAAAGCAUGACUGAAUGUGCACGACGUGAAAUCGCAGAAGAAGUUGGUAUUGAAGUAGAUUCGAUUCGUUCUCUAGAUAUGUCACAGCCAUGGCCAAUGCCUGAUUCAUCACUGAUGAUUGCUCACGUAGCGGUUGCCAAUAUGGACCAAAAGAUUUCCGUAUGCCCUGAUGAGCUAGAAACUGCUCAAUGGUUCUCUCGUCAUCAAGUCCGUCAAGCUCUGGAAACAACACUUUCGGACCCAUUCCUGAAGAAUCUCCCACGUACAUUGGAUGAUCGUCAAACUCUUCAUUAUAUUCCACCUGCUGGUGCUAUUGCUCAUCAAAUGAUUCGACAAUGGGUGGACGGGAAAAUAAACUGCCAUAAUUCAAGGAUGUAG